GGCCCUUCCGAGAUGGAGCCGCUCCUGGGCGAGUGGCCGCUGCGCUUCUCCCGGCUGCCCAUGUUUCCCUUCUUCGACAUGGCGCACUACGCGGCCUCGGUGAUGUCUCUGAAGGAGCAGCGGGGAGCAGUGGAAAUAUCACGCCACAGCCCAAUUGCGUGCUGGUUUAGUGCUAUGCUUCACUGCUUUGGUGGGUCCAUUUUGUCUUCCUUGUUGCUCUCGGAGCCUCCAGUUGCAUUUCUCGCCAAUACUACAAAUGUCCUCCUUGCCUCAUCAGUCUGGUAUCUAAUAUUUUAUUGUCCACAUGAUGUUUUCUCUCGCUACUUGUCUUGUCUGCCUAUUAGACUGUUGGUUUCAGGGAUGAAGGAGGUGACUAGAACAUGGAAAAUAACAGGUGGAGUCACUCGGGCACACAGCCAUUACCAAAACGCGUGGAUAAUCAUGAUAGUAGUCGGAUGGGCCAGAGGAGCUGGCGGUGGCCUAAUAUCUAACUUUGAGCAGUUGGUGAGAGGUGUGUGGAAGCCGGAGACUAAUGAACUGCUGAAGAUGUCCUACCCUGUGAAAGUGAGCUUGGCAGGGGCAAUACUCUUCACAAUGCAGCACACCCAUUACCUUCCAAUGGAAGUUCACGACCUCAUGUUGUUCUACACCGUCUUCCUAGUGGUUACAAAGGUAGCCAUGAUGCUGACCGAAUUUAGGACUUCCCCGUUUGCGGUGCUUGAGAACGCAGUGGGCUCCUUCCUCUUUGGUUUUGAGCCAUCUUAUGUGAAAGUGAAGGGCAAGUCCAAAGUAUCUUAUAACGGUGGCCCCUCAGUCAAUGAAGGUGCUUCUGGUGGCGAGAUGGGGGAUACUGUUAAGAAGAGGCACGCGAAGAAAACCGAAUAA